UGCCAAAGUUGUGCAAGCCCAAACUCUUGACAAUUGGGCGAUGGCAGCGAUAAGCUGCAGAAUUGGCUGCCAUGUUCGAGAUCUUCAACCCUAAGUACUUCUGCUUGGGGGGUGCAGAAGAUACUUCAGAUGAGCUGGAUCUAACUGAGGGUGCCCUAAGGUCAACUGCAUCUGCCGGGCCAAGUGGACAAGAGCGAGACCAGAGCGUGGAUUCUACAAGUAUUGAAGAUGCAAAGGAAGGAACUCCAGGAUUCCACUUAAUAAACCUACGGCGACUCACGCGUCUUCGGUCAAGCAGCACACUUGAGAAAUUUGAUGAAGAAGGAACUGACCGGCUAAAGCACCCGAUGCAUUUGCGGCGGGCUUGCACCGACGUAGUAUGGUUGGGUUGCUUUUUUGCUUGCACUGCAGCUCUGGCGACCUUAAGCUUUGGAGUCAGGAUGCCACACCAAGCGGAGCACAUGGCUUUCCUGAUACCAAUGCACGACUCCUUGAACCAUACGUGUGGAGUUGGGCAGGUGUGGGACAAACCAUUUGCGUUUAUUUGCAAGCAGGAUUCAGGCGAACUGAACUUCACGGACGUUAUUUGCUUGAAAUCUUGCCCGCUCAACAGCUCAACAAGCAAUUCCUGUUGGACUAACGCGUCGCAGUCUGAUGUGGAGAUGCCUAGCUAUGUGACCAGAACGGCGGUGCCAUAUCUGCUAGGGUGGUGCAGGCCUGAGAACAAUGCGCUUUAUGUCUCGGUGCUCGAGUAUGCUAACAAAGUAUGGGGCAAGUUCAGCAUCGGCUAUGGGAUUCUGAUGAUGUGGCGCCUCAUGGUGCCUUUUCUGAUAGCUGCCGCGACUGGGUUGUUAUUGUCAUUGGGUUAUGUGGCACUCCUCAAGGACUAUGCACCAACAUUGUCCAAAAUUGGAAUCAGACUGAUUGUGCUUGUUCCAUGGGUAUGGGCGGGCUACUUGUGGUACAAGCAUGGCCAGGGAGCUUUGUUGCCAUGUGUCGCCCUCGUAGUAGUCGGCGUGUGUAUUGGGUGUUGUGCUGCCAGCCGGAUGCAUGAACUUGACAAAGCUGCAGCAUGUAUCAAGUUGUCUUGCACUUGCGUGUACCAAACGCCGAUGCUACACUUUGGGCCCUGCGUGGUGCUGCUGUUCAGAGUGGCAUCAGGCUUUGGGAUACUCUGUUUCAUCAUUCUUGCACACACAGGCAUUUUUGUUGACUUCCUCGAGCGCGGACUCAUUACCUUUAGAUGUUCCGCUCAGAAACAGGAUGAUUGCAUCUAUGACCUGGUGCUAUUUGUGUUGUGGCUGGCCAUGUUUGUGUGGAUUCAGAUCCUUUUCACAGCAAGCUGGGAAUUCGCAGUAGCCUAUCUGGCUGCGGAGUGGUAUGUAGAAGGGGGCGUCCACGAAAAGACUGGAAAGGACGGAUUCCGCCAAUGUUGCAAGCAGUGCCAUGUAUGGUGGGUUCUUUUCCGUUAUCAUUUUGGGACGAUGAUCAAGGCCUCUAUUUUCAUUGGUGCAAUCCGGCCAUUUCGUGCUGUCUUGGGUAGCUUAACGGCUGUGGCAAGGCUUGAGGGAAAUCCGGUUGGAAGCAUUCUGAAUUGCUGCUGUGGAUGCUUUGUGGACAUCUACGAACAGUAUUUCGAGAAGUUCUCGGUGAAUGCCUACAUCGAGGUUGCAGUCUCUGCGAUGAACCUGGACCAUGCUGCCUUUGAAGCCAGCGAAGUUUGCGAGCGCCAAAAAGGUACUGCAAGCUCGCUCAAUGGCACAACUUUCAUUUUUCAGCUGGUCGGCUUGACACUGGUGUGGUGGGCUGGCUACUUCGUCAUGUGGAUGAUUGUGAGUGGCUCCUGUCCUGGGCUUCGCCAGUAUGGUGACGUUUACUCACCGCAUUAUGUCGGCCAUCAAGGCUUUUGGUCAAACGCCGGUGGCAUUAUUGCACUGACGGCUGCCUUCCCAGCCAUGAUGGUAUUUGAUGUUGUUUCUGACACAAUACUCUACUGCGUCAUGGUGGAUGUAAUGCAGAACGAGUCAAAAGCAACCAGCUACUGGUCAUCGAUGCCAAGAGGAGUUCUAGAGCUGUUGGACCUCAUCAAUAGCUGGACAUCUAUUUUUUCCUCUGGCAGCUCCUCCGGCUCCUCCAGCUCUGCCUCUAGCUCCAGUGGCGAGUGAAGAGGCCCUUGUCUACUUGCAGUUGUUCUUCGCUGUGCAGCUACAAAAGCCGCUCAGUGCAGGCCCAGAGGUACUGGCUGUGAUUACUGCGCAGACCAAAUGUGGGCACGAAGCAGGGAGCUACCCACCUUGGUGAGUUGAUUGGGACGCCAGCGAUCCUGGAUGAGACGUGGAAAAGCAGCGAAUUCCAUUCCUCUCUUGGUCCCUCCUCCUGGUCCAGAAGCACGCAGGGCUGGUCGAACGGCGCCCUCCUGCUGGAGAUUGAGCAUGGACGCGGCAAAAGCAUUAAAGCAAAA